AUGACGACGUUGUCGUUAGGCCAGCCCUAUCGACGUGGAGCUGCUCCCAAGGCUGGCAUCGAGGCUGUGCGGGAGACGGAUACAGACGCACUUACAUCGCGCUUGGCUGCCUGUCGAGCCGGGUAUCUCCCUCCCGAUUCGUAUGCGGAGAUGCAGGCAUCGCCACAGAGUCGCGAAGCGCAUCGCCCGCCGCUGAUUAGUAUCGGGACCUAUUUACGAGCACGAGAAAUGGAUCGUCAUAUGGAGCACUUCCUGGCGACGGGCUCGCUGCGGCAGGAGACGGCAUCGUCUACGACACCUGUCCAAGUGAUCAAUAUCGGCGCGGGAAGUGAUACACGGUUCUGGCGGAUGUCGAUGGCUACAUCCAACGUGGCUCUGUAUGUUGAAUUGGAUUUCCCGGAGACGACACGUCAGAAAGCUGCGUGUAUUGAACAACAUGAAGCCAUGCAGAUGCCUCUGGGAUCAUGGACACGGACAGACGAUGGACUGGAGGCGGACAAGUACUGGCUGGUCGGUGCAGAUCUGAGCACGCUGCGUACAUCUGAGACAUGGGAUCGCCUACGUUCGCGUCUAGAUCCAUCGUAUCCUACGUUGAUCGUGUGUGAAUGCGUCCUGGCCUACCUGGAUGCGGAGCAGGCAAAUACCCUGUUGCAGGGGUGGCUGGAGCAGCUGUCCCAUGUCGCUAUUUUAAGCUACGAUAUCUGUUUAGGCGGCGAUGCACCGGACACGCAAGAGCCUACACGCUUUGGACAUGUCAUGCUGCAAAACUUGGCGGUGCGGCGCCUGACCCUGCCUGGCGCGCGACACCCCAUAUGCAUCUAG